UCAUUGGAAGAAUCAACCUCAAUCUAACUAAAGUGGGGCUGUCCAAAGAUGAAGUGCACCUCCGUCAGCACAUGGAAAACGAGAUGGCGCACUACGUAUGCGCUGAUUUCCAAAAUAUUCUUUGGCUGGCUAGAUAUAGUCGCCGUUCUGACUGAUCCUGCUAUGACCUCCAGUGUCACUCCAGAGCCACCAAGGUCCCUCUAGUGAAGCCCCUGGAGGAACCCAUAUCCUUCUAUUCUCCCAGUCCUACAACCAAACUAUGGGAGUUCAGCUUUCAAACACACGGCAGGACGGUUAAAAUGAAAAAAGAUGUGGUUGGUGUGAAGAGUUUCCAGAAAAUGUUGCAUAUAUUUCAGCUCCAUACAAAUGUUCCUUCACUGGGGAAACGAAACCAGGGGUUUAUGCCAUUUGUCCACCAGUUAUGGGCCCACAACUGCUGCGUUCAAGGAGCCUCCAGAGCGCCCCCUGUCUGUCACCAUGGGGAUCAAAGCUGCUCUUCCCAAAUAUGAGAUCUAUUUCUACAACACAGUGCUGUGUCUGGCCAUGUUCUGGGCUGCCAGCUGGAUCUUUGAGGUGUCCAGUUCAAGUGCAAACAGAAAGACGUUCAAAACCAGUGUGAAGCCAGGAUGGUACUACUUUGGGAGGAGAAUGGACACGGCCGAUAUGGAGUGGAUGAUGUGGUUUUCUACCUUCAGAGAGCACAUCUUGUUUGCUCUCUCUGGUCAUGUGCUGUUCGCUAAGAUCUGCUCCAUGCUGGCUCCUCAGUACAGGUCCUUGGUGUAUAUGGUGUAUGGGCUGCUGGCUGUGUGGACCAGUAUGGGCUGGACCUACAUCACCCUUAUCCUGUCCCACUGUAUACUGCUCUACAGCAUCUCCUUAGUGAAAAUCCGCUGGCUUUGCUUUGUCACUGGUCUUUGCACCCUCGCUACAUUCAAGUGUGAACCCUUCGUGUCCUGGCAGGCUGGUUUUGUGGAGGGGGACUUUGAUCUGCGGCAUGUUCUCUUCUAUGGAGGCUGUGGGUUUACUAUAAUGCGCUGUAUGAGCUUUGCUCUGGAGAACUGCGAGAAGAAAGAUGGAAACUACAACAUCCUGGAGCUGAUCAAGUACAACUUCUACCUCCCCUUCUUCUAUUUCGGGCCCAUCAUGACCUUUGAUAAGUUUUAUAUUCAAGUCAACAGGUUAGACCUGACCAGGAAAGAGGGGGAGAUGUGGAAUAUCAGUCUGCACGGCAUGACUCACCUGGGAGUCGUCAUUGUAGUGGACGUCCUCUUCCAUUUCAUGUACAUCCUCACCAUCCCCACAGACAUGAAGCUGAUGAAGCACCUCUCGGACUGGGCUCUAGUGGGCCUAGCUUACUUUAACCUGGUGUAUGACUGGGUAAAAGCAGCUGUUAUGUUUGGAGUCAUCAACACAGUGGCCAGACUGGACCAUCUUGACCCUCCCAAGCCACCAAAAUGCAUCACUUUGCUCUACGUGUUUGCUGAAACCCAUUUUGACAGAGGGAUCAACGAGUGGCUAUGCAAGUAUGUGUACAAUUACCUGGGUGGAAAACAUGAGAAUGUGGUGGAGGAGCUGGUUGCUACGCUGUGCACCUUCGGCGUCACCAUCCUCUGGCUAGGACCCUGCAAGGUGGUGCUGGUCUGGGCUUUCUUUAACUGUUUUGGCCUCAACUUUGAGCUGUGGGUCGCCAAGCUCUUCUCCAUGGAGCCUUUUGCUUCUUUUGAGAUGGCAAUGUCAGAAGCAACGUCCAGACGGAUCAGAGCCGUCUUCAAUACUUUCAACUUCUGGAGCAUUGUGUUGUACAACAUCCUGGCCUUGAACAGUUUGGACUUUGCCAAGUUAGUCGCCAAACGGCUGCUUCUCAAAGGCUUCCCUAUAACCACCACCAUUGUCAUGUUUGUGACCUACUGCCUGAUUCAAGUGAUUAAGGAGAGAGAGAGGAGGCAGGCCCUCAUUGAUGAUCCUGAUCCUCUUCCUCCCGCUCCUCCUCCGAACACCAUCACCGGCUCAACCAGCGCUGCAGCUGCGCCUGCUGCUGCUCAGCCUGUCACAGAUCCCAGCAAGGAAAAAGCUGAGUAGAUAUUUCAUUCUAAUAGUGAAUGAUAUAGAAUAUAGCCAACAGUAUUGUCACCAGUCCAGAUUGUCUCACGUGAAUUGUGAACAAAUGUUUGCUAUCUGUUAAUGUAGAAAACUGUAAAUAAAUUAACCAUCAUAUAACUGUGUUUAUAUCUAAAAGGGGAAAAAAUUGAGCUUAAUGAAAGACACUCAAACGUCUGAAGAUAAUGAAAAUGACAAUACAAAAUAUUCUGUGUAACAACACUCCAGGGAUGCCAUUUUUCUGAAACCUUUGUCAUUAAUGCAAAAAAUAAAUUGCAAAAUUUGU